UUUAGCCCACAGUUUUCACAAACAGAGCGAACAUGGGUUCGGAUGAUCGUCAUGUAGUUGAAGAUUGCUUUGGCCAUCUCAUUCUUUACAGCGAUGGCUCCAUUUCACGCACCAAAGAAAUUGAAUUCAAAACUCCUCUACUCGACCAUGAACAAAUCAUUCACAAGGACUUCCUCUUCAGUGAACAACACAAUCUCCAUCUUCGUCUUUACAAACCCAAAUCAAAUCCUUCAUCGACAAAAAAACGCCCGAUUCUUUACCACCUCCAUGGCGGCGGCUUUUGCUUCGGCUCUCUCACGUAUCCCCACCACCAGAGUAUCUGCGUCCGCCUCGCCAACGAGCUUCAAGCCCUCGUCAUCGAGCCGGACCACCGUCUGGCUCCGGAAGAUAGGCUUCCUGCGGCGUUGGACGAUGCGACUUCUGCUUUGAAAUGGCUUCAAGAUAAAGCCAUGCAUGGUGGUGAUGAUGGAAAUAUGGGGACGUGGUUAGAUGGGGUUGACUUCGAUAGGGUUUUUGUAUUGGGUUACUUGUCUUGUGGCAACCUGGCGCACCAUUUGGCGGUGAGGUUCGGCGGUGGUGGCGCGGCUGAGCUCGCGCCGGUUAGGGUUCGAGGUUAUGUGUUGUUAUCUCCAUUUUUCGGUGGAUUAAAGAGGACGAGGUGCGAGGAAGAGAGGCCUUUUGAAGGAUUUUGGAACUUGGAGAUGUAUGAUAGGUACGAAAAUUGA